AUGGUACUUGGCAACAUGCGCUUUGAUGUAGUUGAUUACAUCAUUUUUGCAUUGUUAUUGAUUUUUUCGGCAGCAAUCGGUUUAUUCUAUGGUUUUAUUGAUAAACGGAGGAGAAGGAAACAAGACGAGGCUAGUGGUGAUGCAGUGGAACAAACAAAAAGCUCCGCUAAAGAAUAUCUCUUAGCAAAUAAAUCGAUGGGUAUCUUUCCAACAGGAAUGAGUUUAUUAGCUAGUUUCAUGUCUGCAAUAACAAUUCUGGGUACUCCAGCUGAAAUCUAUGUCUACGGAACACAGUAUUGGGUGAUUGGAAUUAGUUAUAUAUUUACAGUUUAUCUUACUGCAACGUUAUUUAUGCCCAUGUUCGUUAAACUUGAAGUAACAAGUGCAUACGAAUAUUUAGAAAAACGAUUUGAUAAAUAUGUACGAUUGGUUGCUUCACUUAUUUUCUCUAUCCAAAUGAUAAUCUAUAUGGCGAUAGUUCUAUAUGCACCCGCUUUGGCAUUGAGUCAAGUAACCGGUCUAAAUGUUUGGAUUAGUGUCGUUUCUAUUGGAGUUAUUUGCACAAUGUACACAACGGUGGGUGGUAUGAAAGCAGUUAUGUGGACUGAUGUUUUUCAAACGAUUAUCAUGUUUGUUGGAUUGCUUGCCUCCGUUAUUCAAGGUAUUAUUGAUGCCGGUGGAGGCAAAGCUGUUUGGAAAAGAGCUUUAGACGGUGGUAGAGUAGAAUUUUUCAACUUCGAUCCUGAUCCGACGACGCGUCACACAAUAUGGAGCAUAUUAAUCGGUGCGACGUUCACCUGGCUUGCUAUUUAUGGCUUCAAUCAGGCGCAAGUUCAACGUUAUCUUUGUGUUCCUACUGUUCGCCAUGCCAAGUUAGCAUUGUUGUUCAAUUUAGUCGGCUUAAUAUUAAUCCUUUCAUUAUGUUGUGGUGUUGGUCUUGUAAUGUUUGCAAAAUACUAUGCCUGUGAUCCAUUACAGCGCGCUUUACCCAUUAUUUGUUAUGGAAACAUUAAGACGAUUCAAGGGUUUGCCAGCACAUUAUCAUCGGGAUUGAACAGUUUGGCUGCAGUUGUUCUUUCGGAUAUCAUCAAAUUCUUCUAUCGCAAACCAAUGACGGAUGCUCAGGAUCUAUUGUACUCAAAAAUAUUAUCACUUGUUUUUGGAGUUAUCUGCAUCUUAAUCACUUAUCUUGUUUCAUUACUUGGUAAUCUUCUCCAAGCCUCUUUAUCGUUAUUCGGUGUCUUGUCAGGACCUAUAAGCGCAAUUUUUAUGAUAGGAUUUUUGCUUCCAUGGGUGAAUUCAUUGGGUGCUUUGAUCGGGUUGAUUGUCAGUGUGAUUGUACAAAUCUGGAUCUUUCUUGGUUCUCAAUUCCUUCGAACUCAAAUGCGUUCAUUUCGAUUGCCCACGCGGAUCGACGGGUGCCAUCUGAUGCGAGAUAACAUCACGAGUUUGUUCAACACGACUAUGAAUUCAUCAAUACUGUCGACUACAAGUUUAUCUGCAACGAUGAUCAAGAAAAGUCCAUUAGCUCGAUUUUAUGGUAUGAGUUACUUUUGGUACACACUAAUGUCAAUUUUUACCGCGUUAACUGUUAGUUUGGUGGUUAGCUAUUUUACAGGUUUUCGAAAACCCGAAGAUAUCGAUCCACAAUUAAUGCUACCAGCCUUUGAUAUUCUAUUCCCAUUUUUACCAGAAAGAAUAUUAUCUAGACUGCGAUGUGGUGUCCGGUAUCAACGAGAUUCUGAUCAGAUGAAAGCCGAAGAAGAACAACAACAAGCAUCACCGCCGUACGUACCAAUGGAUACUCCCAAACAUCGUAUUAAAAUGGGCGAUGAAUGUCAAAUCAACCCAGCCUAUUUAAGCAAUGACUACGAUGAUGAAACCAUGGAUGAAGAACGGAUGACACGAACGAAACUCUAA